CCUUAAUGUCCUCGGUUUGGACUUGUCUGGGAUACCGAUUCUCUCUUCGCCGCACUUGAUACUGUACAUGAAUUGACAUUGCGAAUCCGUUUGGGCACGAACGUGGCAUGAAUUAUCGCUCAUCGCCGCCCUCGACUGCCCGGUCAUAAUACUAAUGGACCUAAUGGGACUAGACAUUGCGUUUUAUGUUUAAAGCCCUUUCAAAGACCUUCCGAUGCCCCCGUUGGAAACAUUCGUUUGUCAGCUGUCCACCACCUACUUUGGACACACCUCUUCGAUUCUCACUUCCGUCGUUCGCUAUUACCUUUGACCUAGUCGAAUCCCUUUUUAUUUUUCGAUUCGACUAUUAUAUAUACUUUAUUUUUUACCAUUCGGGUCGAUCACUCGAACCCUCUUGGCGCAUGGGACUGGAAGCAUUUUGUAUGGGAAAAAAAUUCAUGGAAUGGGGCGCCUUUUACCUUCUUCUUCUGGCACUUCACUCGCUGUGCAUAGAUGGCUAUUAUUAUUGUUUUGUUUUCCAGUGCAUCACGAACUUUGCAUUGGCAUAUAGAAAGAGGGGAAGGACGGACUUUCUUCUUGCUCGCAUGGUUUAUCCAAUCGCUCAUCGUGGAACUCAUCCACGGAAUACCCGGGGGCUAUACACAUGGCUUUGGCUUUACUGCUUUGCUUUCUGGCACUUACCGGACGGGUGCGAAGUUGGGAGGAGAAACACCGGUAUGUUGCUCGGUUUCGGAUCGGACUCGCUAGAGGUUCACUGAAGGAUGUCUAUUAUUGUAACAUCUGGACUGAAUUGGCUAUGCGUUGUCUCAUGAAGCCGCUUGGACAGUGACUGGGCUUGCUUGCUAUGGGUUGACGCUCUCACAUUCCUAUUCAUCUAUCAUCUCACCUCACCUACUCUCACCUCUUGUGUGACACUUUCCUCGGUGCUCCUAAUUCCGACGCCAACUCCCCACCCUUGGAUAGUGAGAUGCGAGAGCUUUAUCCAUAGCAGCAGUAUUAUUUUUAUAAUCCGGUAGUGUUAUGAUUUAUGAAGGCAACUUGUAUACUAUUAUCAACUUUGUUAAUAUUUUAUUUCUUGCU